AACAUCCUGGUAAGAGCCUCCGGGAGCCUCCACCCAGCCGGAUCUGAUUUGCUGACGUGUCGGCUCCUCCGCAGCCCCCAGUGCUCAUGCUCCAGCAGCCCCGGAAUCGACACCACCAACAACAGAACUGCCAGCAUGGCAGCGAAACACUUCUACCGACAGGGCUUUUUAUUACUUUUAUUCAAUUUUAUCUCGACCGCGGCCCUGGAGAAGCGCUUCUCCGACCUGAAGAGAUGCACCGACGAGGAGUGCAGCAUGCUGCUGUGUCGGGGAAAAGCAGUGAGAGAUUUCUCUGGACCAGAUUGUCGAUUCCUGUCCUUUAAGAAAUCGGAAACUAUCUAUGUUUACUACAAACUUGCAGGCAGAAGGGCUGACAUGUGGGCAGGAAGUGUUGGAAGUAACUUUGGCUAUUUCCCAAAGGACUUUCUUGCAGUUAACCAUCUUUAUACAGAUAAAGAACUCGAAAUUCCCACAGAGGAAACAGAUUUUGUCUGUUUUGACACUGGGUUUGAUAAGUUUGACAAUUAUGACAUAGAUGUACUCUUAGGCUCCUCUGUGGAGGAGAAUACCAGUGCAAGUAGGGGAACGUCUGACCAAAUCCAAGUGGUAGAGGACACUCCAAAAGAAACACAGCCACCUGAAGAAGAAGAAAAGACUGAAAAUAAAAAACAAACUGAGCAGCAAGAGAAUGUAGAUCAUCUUGAUAAAGUCCCUGAUGAUCAAAAUGCCUCUUUACCUGAGAUUGAUGUGGAAACUGAAUUGCCUUCUGAUACAACAGCCACACCUGAUGUUAUUGAAACAGUUGAGCAAAUACAACUAGUUGAGUCUGUUGCGGAAAAUGUUGUGUCAGAGAGGAGUGAACCCAAAGAUACACUCAAUGAUCCUCAAGUGGAAUCUGUGGCCAAAGAUGAGCUUGUUCCAGAAAUGGAACCAAUCUCAGUUUCUGAGGGAACGCAAAUCCCAGAGAUGAAAACCACCGUGGGAACAACUUUUGAUGCCGUCACUACUGAGGAAGAAAUCACUAAGAGAGUUGCACCGUUUGAAGAAAACCAAGAGGUGGAAAAUAACUCCAAAGAAAACGUUGAUGUUAAACAAGAUGCUCCACUACUGCCUUUCACUGAAGAAGCCAUGAACACUCCAGCACCUGAUUCCCUCAAAGAGCAUGAAGCUACUCCAGUAACACCCUCUGUUGAACCUGAAGCUACUCCAGUAACAUCCGCUCAAGCUACUCCAGUAACACCCUCUGUUGAACCUGAAGCUACUCCAGUAACACCCGCUGUUGAACCUGAAGCUACUCCAGUAACACCCGCUGUUGAACCUGAAGCUACUCCAGUAACACCUGCUGUUGAACCUGAAGCUGCUGAGGAGAAGAACAUGUGGACAUCAUUUGGAGAUGCAGUUUUUUCCGUUGUCUCUGGGGGAGAGAUAACAGCACAAGAUGUGAGUUCAGAGGAAGAUGAUGACGAGGAAGAAGGUGAAGCAGCUGCUGCAAAAACCACUCAGGAUUUUGAGGAUGCAAAACAAAGAGUAAAGGAAUCACUGAUAAUAGACUCUCCCAAAGAGCCUCAAAUCAUAGAGCAAGUUCUUCAAGAUCCUCCUGGUUCCAGCUCUGUACAGACAGAUAAAGAAACAAUCAGUGAUUCUGAAGAACUUUUGUUGGAUCGUGACGAUGAGGGUGAUGUAGUAGUGAUAGGACAUGAAGAAGCCGGGGAUGAAGUGUUAAAACCUUCAGAUCAUACACCUCUGAUACAACACCAGACAGAAGCAAAAAAAAAAUCCGAUAUUUUGUUAGCACUAACACAUACUUCUGCAAAUAAUGAAAUGGAAAAAACAGACAUUAAAACAACAGAUGAGACUGUUAAGCGCAAAGAAGACGAAGUGCAGGAGGUGUCCAAAGAUUCUGCGGUCAAAGAAGAAAUACAGGAGCGUAACAUUGCAAUGGAGAAUAGACUGGAUUCAGACAAUGUGCCAGAUGCAAACAAGACAGUGGGUGGUCAUGUAUCUGUCAGUACUGAAACUGAGACUCAUCAGAACCUUUCCAAUGAAGAGCAGUCAGUAGAUUUAGAUGUUGAAGAGGACAUAAAGACAGUAGACAACAGCUUGUCUGAUCGGAUACAUGAACAUUUAUUGGCAGAUAUCGAGAAGAAUAUCCGUCAAAUAGAUUUAUCUGUCGUUGAACCAGAGAUUCAUGAGGAACCACACGCAGAGGAGAGGGAGGAAGACAAAUCUGCAGAGCUGGAGGAAGAAAUUGUUGUUGUGAAAGAAGAAUUACUUGAAGAUGAAAAUGCACUUUCAUUCGAACAAUCAGAUAACACAGACUCUGACAAACCCUCUAUAGAACCCGAAACUCUGCCCACUGCGUCGACUGAAGAGCCAGUGUACAGCGACAGCGUGAUGAGACUGACGCUACUGCGAGACCACUUCACAGAGGAAUACAUGGUGCGGGUCCAAAGGCUUCUGGGCCUCAAAAACCUCUUCAAAGUGGAGGCCAUGUUCUCUGAUCUGGAUACAGAGUUGCAGGCUACCCGUCACUCACAAACAGGCGCGACGCAAGACAUAGAAAGUGCUCUAGAGGAAAUCCUGGAAGCCUCGGAAAACACCAUCCUGGACGAGAUUGAGAAGAUGCUGGACGGCCAGAAUGCAAAACAGGAUCCAGACCAACAUGAGGACACGAGUAUGGAUGAGGAGACUGAAAUACUGGAUGACUUCCAGGAGCUUGCAUUCAGUUUACGGCAGAAGUAUUCUACAGCCAGUGACAGCACACCUUUAGCAGCAGAUAUGGACCAGGUUGAACAUGAAUUGAAUGUUACUGAGGAAAAUGUCCACAUUGUUGUGGAGGACAAGGUCGACAUUGUUUCUGAAACUGAGAGUGAAGAAAACAUCACAGUAACAGAGCGUGAGGAAAGAGCAGCAGAGACCGAGGAGGAGCCGAUAGUUAUGGUUGAGGUGCCCUCUGGACCAGAUGUUAGCAUGGAAGAGGACGGCGGACAUUUUAAUAAAAACAAAGACAAUCAGAUGGGAUUCAGUUCAUCAGAUGACACGCAGAAGGUCCCACAAGCCACUCUGGAAAAUCCUUUAGAUGUGGGCGUCGGUAUGGAGGUGGAGCACUCGCCCUCAGAAUCUUUGGAGUCAUUGGAUCCAGUGUCGGAAAUCCAGGAAGCAGAAGUGGGAUUAUUCUCAACUGGAUUAGUUUACAUGGGCUGCAUCUUUUCUGUCGCCAGCAGUAAAAUUGUUGAGUGGACAUCUGUGAUGAUUUCACUUUUGCCAGAUGAGUGGAAGCCGGGGGAGACGUUGUAUGGUUGUCCCUGGCAGGCGGUGGUCAUCACUGCUUUGGUCGGGGUUGUAACCUUCACCAUCUUCUUCUGGAGAACCGUGUUGGCGGUAAAAUCAAGAGAAUAUCUCGUGGAUGAAAAAAGGCUCACGGGGCAAAUCCAGGCUCUUCAAAAAGAGAAGAUCGAUGCUCUCAACAAGAUGUCUGAACUCCAGAAGCAGACUGAGAAACUGAAAGAGAAUCAAAAGCAGUCAAAGGAAACAGUUGGGUCUACAAUGAAAAGGAUGCAACACCUGGAGAGCAAAGUUUUGGAGGCAGAAUCACGAAACAACCAGAUGGCUGAAGAAAGGAAUUCAUAUGUAAAACUACUCGAAGAGGAGCGGAUGCACUCAAAGGAAUAUGAAACCAGGGUCGAGAAACUGGAGAAGUCAAAUGAGAAGCUACAGCUCAGCAGGAAAAAGAUCCAGGAAACGCUCUCUAAGACUGCUGUUCUCCUUGAUGAAGCCAAGAUUCGUGAAGAUGCCAGAAAAGUUCAGCACAAAUGUCUUGAGAAAGAUUAUGCAGCACAAAAAGAAGAGAACAAGACGCUUAAGGCCACUAUAAAGGGCUGGGAGGACAAACACAAGGAGCUGAGUGAGCAGAUUAAAACUUAUCAAAAGGCCCAGAAAGAGCUGGAGGACUCUGUGGUGCUCAAAGAUCACAACGUGGAGGUGCUGUCUGAACUUCUGUCCGAUUUAGACGCUUGCGAUCUACAAAAAGGUGAAACCAAAGUUUUAGCCAAUGGUGAAGUAGCAUCUGAUAAGAAAACAGUCGUAAAGAACAGAAUCAAACAGAUGAUGGAUGUUUCCAGGGUGCAGACCACUCUCACAGUAGUUGAAGAAGAGCGAGAUCGCUUCAUGACUAAACUACUGAACGAAGAAACGACGAGAAAGGCACUGGAAGAACAACACCAGGAGCUGGAACAUUCAAUUGCAGCUUUAAAAAGCGAGAAGAGCCAUGUUGAAAACCAGUUCAAGAUCCUCCAGCAGAAGAACGAAAUCAUGGUGGAAAUGUACCAACAGAAGGAAAACGCUCUACAGCAGAAAUUAACCAAGGAGGAGCUGGAGCGACGCAGCAAAGAGAAUCUGCUUUCGGAGGUGGGAGGAAAAGCUGUGGAGGCCGAGGAGCAGGUUAAGGUUUUAAGGCACCGCAUUAAUGAAAUGGAGGACCAGAUGAAGAAGACGGAGGAAGUCUACAAAGAGCAGAUAAAAGAACAGGAAAAUAAAACUCACUCAAACUGGGUGAAUGCUCGAAAUGCAGAGAGAGCUCUGAAUCAGGAGAAGCUUGAAUCCUCAAAGCUCCGAGAAAAGUUGGCUGUUUUAACUUCACAGCUGAACGAGCGUCGUGCUCCUCUCUUCAGACCGAACCCUGGACAACAGGCAGGUCCUCGCCAAGGUGACUCAUACGGGCCCUCUCCUGUGAGCGGGGGUGCACCAUCCCCUCCAAUAAUGAUAGAGGGUCCCAGACGCCCCCCCUCUGCCCCUGUGGGGCGAAGAAUUGACCCGUAUGGUCCUCGACCUCCGUCAGAUCCUCAUGGUCGCUACGCUGAGAACAAACACAUCUCUGGGAUGGACAUGAUGGGUCCCCGCAGCUCAUCGCCCGCCAACAUGGAUGGACCUACACAAGCAGUAGAUCCACAGGUUAAAGCAGAGACUCAGGCUGAGGCCUCCACAGAGAGUCCAGAGCCAGGACCUGGAUCCUUCAUAGCGUCUCCAAUCAGGGACUCGCCUGGUCCCAUGAUCCAAGGACCUCCACCUGGCCCUGGACCCCAUGACCCGCUCCUCCCUCCAGGACCUCACAUCCGCCUGCCACCAUCAGGACCUUACAGACCCCCGCGGCCCGGCCCCGGCCCCUACCACCUGCCGCCUGGUCCUCUUCCUCCAAACCUACCUCCUCCUAUUCAUGGGCCUCCACUACCAGCCAACGGACACCCAGGUAUGCCUGGACCAAUGGGAGGUGACUUUGGGCCUCGCCCCGCCAACGGACACGCGUUCCACCCCAGGCCUGGCCCAGGUCAUGUCAUUGAUCCCAGGGGUCCCCCACUACCGCAUUUCCGUCCUCCUCCGCCUCAUCACUUUGGACCAAUGCCUCCACCACACGGUGUCCGAGGGCCCAUUGGACCGCGUCCACCUUUCCCUCCUGACAUGCGCUUCCCAGGACCACGUGACCACAUGAACCCACCAAUGGACCUGCCCCCAGGUAUCCCAACCCAUCCCGCACACCCUGGUGAUGCUUUCGGUCAGGCUCCACCCAAUGCCCUCCACAACUCAGCAGGCGCUCACAGCGGCCCCGGGCAAGACCUGCGUGUGAAGCAGGAGGCCCCUCAGGACUCAGCAAGGCCAGCCAUGGCCAAGCCUUAAAAAUGCCAGCUGCGGCAGAGAACUUGAAUUCCCCAUUACCCCCAAACGCAUCACCUUCACAAACCAGAUCCAGUCCAAACAAAGGUCAUGAUUAUUUUCUAUUUCAAUUAUGAAAUAAAUAAAAAAAAUUUAAAACUGCAAUUAUGUUUAUUUAAGAGAAACAUGGUCCUGACAUUAAAACAAGAAUUGUCUGAAAUUGAUAUGAGAUGAAAGGGUUGCCACUGUUCUAAACACCUUUUUGUGCAAUAACAGUUUAUUAUAUGCCAGAAACAUUUUCAUUUGUGUUUAUCUUUUAGAAGAAUAUACAUGGCAGUGAUUUUUUUUAAAGGGCAAAUUGUUUUAAAUGUCAUUUCCUGUGGAAAUUAUUUUAAGAAAAGGAGAGAUUUUAGCUUCUAGCAUUUCAGGAAAACCACAAUUUUCCCAAAGCUGUUGCUUUAGAACGAAGUGUAAAGCAAUGUGUAAUUUGAUGGCCAGAUGUAUAACUUAUUUUACUAUGUUGGUAGAACUUUUAUUAAUAAAGAAUGUGAAAGUAG